GAUCACACUAAGGAGCAAUCAUAUAUCCAUAUCAAAAAACACAAAAAGACGUAUAUAUAUACUGGCAAUUAGCUAGCUGCCAUAAAUACACAUUAUAUAUACACUUCCUGGAUCCCACCCACUUUGGUUAAUCUAUUUAACUACUCGUUAUAUAUAUGUAUUCCCAAGAAACAUUCUUAUUAUGUACAUAUGAUCGCCCCCAGCAAAGUGUAGAGGCAAAAUGAUAAGUUUGGUUUUGAUGCUCUGCAUUUGGACCCAUCUCACCGGGAUCUCCCAAGGCCAGCUCAGGGUCGGCUUCUACGACACCACCUGCCCUAACGUCGAGUCCAUCGUCGGCGGCGUUGUCCGUGACGUCGCCGCCUCCAACCCCAAAAUUUCUCCGGUCUUGCUCCGCCUUCAUUUCCACGACUGCUUCGUCCAGGGGUGUGACGGGUCGAUACUGGUAGAUAACGGGGCGACGUCGGAAAGGCACGCGUUCGGGCAUCAAGGGGUGGGUGGGUUUGAGGUGAUAGAGAGAGCGAAGGCGGAGGUGGAAGCUGUUUGCCCCGCCGUCGUUUCCUGUGCUGAUAUUGUCGCGUUGGCCGCCAGAGAAGCUGUUGUCUUGACAAAAGGAGCGAGGUACGAGGUGGAAAUGGGAAGGAGGGACGGAACGGUGUCGGAUUUGUCGUUGGCAGAUGAGAUGCCGGACAUUGAUGAUUCCAUCCAGACCCUCAAAGACAAGUUUAUGAAGAAAGGACUUUCCAACAAAGACCUUGUUGUCCUCAGUGCUGCACACACAAUUGGUACAACGGCAUGCUUCUUCAUGACCAAACGCUUAUACGACUUCUCCUCCCCUGGCGGUGGUGCCGACCCGGCGAUAAACCCGGACUUGCUGCCGGAGCUAAAGGCGACGUGCCCGCAGAACGGAGACGUCAACGUCCGUUUGCCGAUCGAUCACGGGAGCGGGGACAAAUUCGACAACCAAAUAUUACAGAAUAUUAGGAGUGGGUUUGCAGUGUUACAAUCGGAUGCUCGGUUAUAUGAAGAUCCAUCAACCAAGAAUGUGGUUGAUUCCUACUUUGGCUUUUUACCAUUUCUUGGGCCCUCCUUUGAAGAUGAAUUUGCUAGUGCGAUGGUUAAAAUGGGCAGAAUUGGUGUGCUUACUGGGUCUCAAGGAACCAUUAGGCGUGUGUGUGGCUCUAUUAGUUAAUUAAUUAAUUCAAUUAUUAUUUGAAUGCUAGCUGUAUAUUUUUUAUGUUACGUAUAUACAUAAAAACAUUUACUAUUUAUAUCUGUAUAAAACAGGAUGUAUUAAACAUAAAUAAUGUGAUCUACCACAUCUGAAUUACAUUCAUAUGGGAAUAUGGGAUGCUUCCUUUGUUUAAAGAAAGCUUGUAAAAAUAAGUAAUAUUGUCUAGGUUCCUCUACAUUUUGAAUGGGAAGUAUUUUUAGACUCCGUAUGGCAUGAAACUGGCUUAAUUUCACGAGAUUUAAGUAUUGUGCAGAGACAA